AUGGUGACUCUUUUGUGUGGGGUAGUUGCCUUGGCAGAAAUUGUGUUCUGCAUCGACAUCGAUGAGGGCGAUACAGUGAGGGACUUGAAGGGCACGAUCAAGUCAACUCUGCCCUACACAAUCUACUGCGACGCUAACCAGCUGAAGCUCUUCCUGGCGAAGCGGGACGGCGUGUGGCUCACCGAAAAAGAAGCGAAGAGAGGUGUGAGAAACAGUUCUGGCUUCAGCCCUAUGAGUUCUGCGGAUGCGAAGCUAUCAAGCUUCGGGUUGUCGGUUGAUGGACUGGACGACGUAAGCGAAGAAGACGCACUAAACGAGGUGGAACUGCCAAUGCAGUGCGCACAGCUAGCCGGUCCCGAAGUAACUGUAGCUCCGUUAACAACCUCCUCGCUUUCUUGGAAGCUGAAAUGGUCGACUCGAAACGAAUUCUCUCGUACCCCCACAUUUUGGACCAUGAAAGCUUACUAUUCCGGUUGGUUGGAAGGGAAAAAGCGAUGA